AUGGAGCACAGGGAGAGAGUUAAGGGCAAGAUUUUGGGCAAAUAUCAGGAUAGCACUGAGUAUAGGGAGAAACUUAAAAAAAAAAGUAAGAGUAGGAGUAAGAGUAAGUAUCAUGGUAGUGUAGAGUAUAAGCAGAAAGUUAUUUCCAGUGUUAGGUUAGGCAGAAAGCAGAGGGUAGAGAAGUCGAAAGAUUUUGGUUUUGUGAUGGAGCAGUUUUUAGAAAAGGUCAGAGAUGGACCUGAUUUUGUGUGCUGUGUGUGUCAUAGGUUGUUUUUUAGAUAUCAGGUGGUUAGUUGUGAUAGGGAAACUUAUAGGCAAAGUUCAGCGACAGCGGCUGUGGCAAAUAGGUGUAUAGGCGGGCAGUAUUUGCAUCGGUGUAGUGGUGAGUGUGUUGCGCCGUGUUCGUUGGUUUCAUCGCGUGGUAAUUUGUGGAUUUGUUACACAUGUGAUAGGAAGCUUAGUUCAGGUGAGAUGCCAGCUGAAUGCUGGGUUAAUAACUUGGAGCUUGAUCCCAUUCCUGCUGAACUGGGAUCUUUGAAUAGUUUAGAACAGCAUCUUAUUGCGUUACACAUUCCAUUCAUGAAAAUGUUGGCACUGCCUAAAGGCGGGCAGAAUGGAGUACAUGGACCGGUGACAUGUGUUCCAGCCAACAUUGUUCAGACUGCGAAUGUGUUGCCUCGUUCGAGUAUGGAAGGGUCUCUGCUUCAGGUUAAGCUGAAGCGGAAACUCACGUAUAAAGGCUAUUAUGAGUACCAGUUUGUCGAUACGUUGCGUGGAGGAAGAUAG